CAACACUUAAAAUAUUGAGCUUCCGGAAGACGAAAGAAAGCAGCCGCGUGGAUAAAAACCAAAUUAUGAGAAUUGAAAUCUUGCAGAUGGAAACCUUAUCGCUCCAUUACGCGUCCCAGCUCGCCGAAGUGCGCAACCGCGUGCAGGAAGCGAAACGGUGGUUUGAGGGGAAACGCAACGCUCUCAAGGCUAAAAAGAGCCGCGUCGAGCGCCGCAUUAAGCAGAUGCGGAAGGUGGAGCAGGAGGUGCGCGAGCGCGAGAAGCUUGUCAAGAUGAAGGAGAAAGCGGUGGCUGAGGCCGAAGAGAAUUUACUGGAGCGCGAGAAAAUGCUCGCCGAAAAGGAAAAGGAAAUGAAAAUGAAAUCAAAUGUUUAAAAUUUCCAAAGCAAUUAAUUAAA